CUUCCCAAGAGUCAUCGGAGCAGGGCUGGGCGGGGCCAGGCGAGGAGGCGGGGCUCUGGCCGCCGCGGUGGUUGUGGCGGCUCAUUCGUAAAUGCCGCGGCUACUGGAUGGUGACUCUGUUAUUGGUUGGAGUGGUCUGAACCGCUGGCUCUUCGUGGAACGGUGCUGAAAGUCAGUUGGUGUUCUGGAUUUCCCAGUGUUUAAAAGGAUCAUUAGACUGAAAUGUUCCUGAUGCCAACCUCUUCAGAAUUAAACAGUGGGCAGAACUUCCUAACCCAGUGGAUGACCAGUCCUCGGGCUGGGGUCAUAUUAAAUCGAGGAUUUCCUGCUUUGGAAGAUGAGAAACAAGCAGUUACAAAUGUCUCUUCCAGCUUCCCAGUUAAAGCCACCCGCUUUUCCAACAGCUUCAGCAUUAGUAGUGAAAAUCUGAAGAGUCGCUUAAGAAUUAUGUCUCUGAGUGAUCUCCGAAGAUGCUCUAAGUAUUUCAAGUACGGGAUCCCAGAUCUGGGUGCGUGCCAGACGCUACGAUCUACCGCACAGCAUAACAGUAACAGACCCCCUUUUGAUACAAUCUGCGAUAGCGAAAAGGAUUUAACAAUGCAGAACUGCCCAUUGGUUCCAGGGACUGCGAGAUUGCUGUUAGAGAUCACACUUCCAAAAAAAUGCUACCCUGAUGUCUCCAAAAUCAGAGUAGAAGUCUUGGCUGUGGGAUAUGGACAAUUGGGCUUAGGCCAGGAUAAUGCAAUUGACAACUCAACAAGUGAAGUGGCACUUCAGUGGCCGUCGGUGUCUCCUCACAGCAACUGCACGGCUGCUCUAAUGACAGCAAUACACGACACAUUUGAGCAAUCAGGCUCGCGCUACAUGAGGCCAUCGCACUCGUUGGGUCCAGAACACUUCCCCUUGUUGGCUGGCGCCGCUACAGUUUAUGAAAUUGCCGUGCUGAUCGUGCUUAACCAACUUCGGGGUUUUCUCCUCGUUGUACCGCUUAUCACUGAUGAGUUGGGUCGUCUACCUGCUCCUUUGCUCAGUGUGACCGAAUCGCACACACGGUCUGAGGUCGCUCUCGGCGUUCCGUCCGCGGUAUUUGGCCGACACUUUGGGGCUCACUCUACACCUCGUACACUACUACCUGACGAUGACCAGAGCCAGAAGUAUAGAUCUCCAGGAAGUUUAGCCUUGGGAGAGAAAGCCACUCCCUUCCUGCCAUCACAUAGCUACGCAAAUCCAACCCAAGAAAACCUUCAUGCUUCCAACCUUUUAUCCAAUGAACAAAGCAAUUUCUGUAGAGCUACUCAUCAAGAUUCUGCCUUAACUUCAAAACAUGCUUCUGAUGUCUUUGAUGAGUCCCCAUAUCCAGAAGCACAUGUGAGAAUAACUGACUUAAAGGAAGAAAACCGUGACCAUCCUUCAGGAGAAGGUGUUUUGCCAUGUUGGGAAAAGAGGAUGGGGAAGAGUCAGGAAGGGAAGGAUAUGAACUUACAAAAAAGCGGAGAUUCCUCAGAAGUGGUUAAUGUUGAAGAAAGGCCUAUCAAAGCUGCCAUUAGAGAAAAGAAGCAGACAUUCGAGGACUUCGUAGAAGAGCAGAUGCGGCUGGAAGAGCAAGAGCUGAAAGAGAAGCGGCUGCGGGAAGCAGAAGGACCAUUGCUAAUGAAAGCAAAACCCAAGCAACCAUUUUUAAAACGAGGAGAAGGUUUAGCUAGGUUUACUAAUGCUAAAUCCAAGUUUCAAAAAGGGAAAGAAAGUAAACUAGUGAGUAGCCAGAGCCCACCAGAGGACCAGUCAGUAUGUAAAGCAGACAGACAACACUUGCAGAGGAAAACUGCUCUUAUAAAUAAAGACCUGUGUGCAGAGACCCCCACUGUUAAAAAAGACAGUAAAGCUAGAACCAAGGCUGGCUCUGCCUCACUCAGUCAGAAAUCCAAAGUAACCAAGAUCAAUAUGAGGGAAAGUCUCUCUCCACCAGGACUCAAAGUACAGAUGGGGAAGAAAUGUGAUGGGCAGUUCAGACACCAGAUCAAAUUAGAAAGAAAUGCACAAGCUAAUAAUAAGGAAAACGUGCCUGGGUGUGUAAAGCCCUGUGAUGCCGGUUGCAAGGUGUGGAACAAGACACGGGCCAGAGAGAGACUUCCUCUUUCCACAGAGCCGGCUGACUGUGUGCCUUCUAAGAGCCUGAUGAGGGAGACAGUGAAAGAGACAGAAUUGUCCCUUGACAUUUCUCUUCAGAAAAAAUUAGAGAAUUGGGAACGAGAAAAAGAAAAGGAAAACUUGGAAUUAGAUGAAUUUUUAUUUUUGGAACGAGCUGCUGAUGAAAUAUCUUUUUCUAGCAAUUCCUCAUUUGUAUUAAAAAUCUUAGAAAGGGAUCAACAGAUCUACAAAGGUCAUAGGAUGUCCUCUACUCCUGUCAAAGCUGUGCAGCAGGAGAAGGCGCAUCAGAUGGAUCCCAGUGGGCAGAGUAACCGCAGUGAGCUUCCCCACCAGAAUGUUGCCUGUGAGGGGAAGGGUGAGGCCGUACUCCUGCCCCUGGGUCCAGGGUCCUCACCUGAUGGUUUGAGGGAACUGUCCUGUCAAGUCAGUAAGAAAGCCUUCCCAACCAGCCCUGCUGACAGUCAGGGCCGAUGGGAUGCAAGCGAUGAUGACGUGGCCAACAGUGCCAGUAGCUCUGAUUCUGAGGAGCAGCCUGAUGUUACCCUAAAACCAUCCACUGAGGCUGGGGAGAGGGUCUUCAGCCACAAAGAGGAUAGUCCACAAGUCUGCAGUGCUAAAGGACCUUUUAGGGACACCGGGACUCAAGAAGAUAAAUGGAGAGAUGCUGAUCUGGAUCUGUCUGAUAAAGAAUAUAGCAGUGAAGAGUCUGUCAUAGUCGAAAGCCUGAAAAAUAAAGUAUCUGAGCCAUCAAGAUUCCCCUUAUCUCAAGAUGUGAAUAAAAUUGACUUUGAUGAUGAAAGAUCUUGGACAGACCUUGAGGAGAAUUCAUACAAACAUAAUGUUAUUCUCAGAGAUGAAGCCAUGUAUGGUACCCCCCAGACACAGUACCCCAAUAAGAGUGAAGUAGGUGUUCUCGACAAAACAAUAAAAAGGAAGGUUGCUCCAGUCAAGAAGGGAGAAGACUUCAGCAAGUCUGACAGGAGCAGGAGCCCCCCUCCUCCAUCUGACUUGAUGAUGAAAUUCUUCCCUUCUUUGAAACCAAAGCCCAAAUUAGAUUCACACUUGGAAAAUGAACCCAAGUUAAACAUGAGUCAAGACCAACCACCAGGUGACAGUGUUCGAUCUCAGGUUUUGAGAGAGAAAGUUAUUGAACUGGAAUCAGAAAUAGAAAAAUUUAAAGCUGAGAACACAUCGUUAGCUAAACUUCGAAUUGAACGAGAAAGUGCCUUGGAAAAACUGAGGAGAGAAAUUGCUGACUUUGAGCAACAAAAGGCGAGAGAACUGGCCCGAAUAGAAGAGUUCAGGAAGGAGGAGGCACGGAAACUGCAGAAGGAACGCAAAGUCUUUGAAAAGUACACAGCAGCGGCGAGGACAUUUCCAGACAAAAAGGAGCGGGAAGAAAUACAGGCUUUGAAACAGCAAAUAACAGAUUUACAGGAAGAUUUGAAAAGAAAGGAGACAAAAUGGUCAAGUGCGCAUGGUCGCCUCAGAAGCCAGAUAGAAAUGCUAGUCAAAGAGAAUACAGACCUCCGAGAAGAGAUAAAGGUAAUGGAAAGAUUCCGACUGGAUGCCUGGAAGAGAGCAGAAGCCAUUGAGAGUAGCCCUAAGGCCUGCCAGCAUAUGACAGCUACAAAAAAGGAUGACUCCAUGAACUCAUCUAUUCAAUUUCAAAAGAGUCAUGUUUCUUCGGGAGCCCCAGUAGGAAAAUAUAAGAAAAAGUAUCUGCCAGCACAAGGGAAUCCACCUCGAAGAUCCAAGUCUGUGCCUCCUCGUGAUUUAGGCAGCUCGGAUAAAGGACAAGCUGCCUUGCCCAGAGAGCCUCGUGAACCAGUGAACUUCCCAGAUCUUGAAUAUAAAAACCAAGAGGAAAAAGAGGAAGAAAUUCAGGGAGAAAUCAAUCAUCCUGAUGGAAAGGUAGAAAAGGUUUAUAAAAAUGGGUGCCGAGUUAUACUGUUUCCCAAUGGAACUCGUAAAGAAGUGAGUGCAGGUGGGAAGAGCAUCACCGUUACAUUUUUUAAUGGUGACGUGAAGCAGGUCAUGCCAGAUGAGAGAGUGGUCUACUACUAUGCUGCUGCCCAGACCACACACACCACAUACCCAGAAGGCCUUGAAGUCUUACAUUUCUCAAGUGGACAAAUAGAAAAGCAUUUCCCAGAUGGAAGAAAAGAAAUCACAUUUCCUGACCAAACCAUUAAGAAUUUAUUUGCUGAUGGUCAAGAAGAGAGCAUCUUUCCAGAUGGCACAAUUGUCCGAGUGCAACGUGAUGGCAACAAAAUCAUAGAGUUUAAUAAUGGCCAAAGAGAGCUCCAUACUGCCCAGUUCAAGAGACGAGAAUAUCCAGAUGGGACUGUUAAAACUGUCUAUGCAAAUGGUCAUCAAGAGACAAAGUACACAUCUGGCCGAGUUAGAGUGAAGGACAAAGAUGGUAAUGUUCUAAUGGACACAGAAUUGUAAAGAUCUUCGUGGGAUUAAUCAUGAACUAACACUAAGUGGUUUUUCUGUUCA